AUUUUGUGAAGAACAUUUGCAAUUCACACUCCGACCUGUGAAAGGCAGCAAUACGCAACAAAAGUGUGUAGUCUGCCAGAAAACUACACUAAGAAGAACAACCCGUGUAAAAAACAUUAACAUCCGGCGGCAUCAUCACCUCUGAGAACGUUUAGUUAGCUAGUUGUGCCUCGUAUUUUAUUUUUGUUCAUUUCACACAACGACAAAAAUGCCAACACUGUGUUCAGCAUACAACUGCAAAAAUCGCGGUCCCAAAGCUGAUGUAGGAUUUUUUAGUUUCCCCAAAAAUGACCCUGAAAGACGCAAGCGAUGGAUUAUUAAUAUGAAGUGGAAAGACUGGAAUCCGCAACACCACCACCGUGUGUGCUCCAUUCACUUUGAAGACAAGUACAUUUGCCGGAUGGACAAACGUCAACGUCUCACGCCAGACGCAGUCCCGACCAUUUUUGACUUCCCAGAGAACUUUCAAAAGAAGAAGGCAUCCAUCCACCCACAGAGUAGAAGAGCCAGGAGUGAUGGGUUGCCAGAGAAGUAUACUGCUGCCCAUGCUGUUACAGUGGCUGAACCGGUCACAACACCAAGCCCCACCAUCACAUCAGAGACGAGCAAGCUGGCUAAAGACAAUACUAAAGCUCCAGAAAAAGUUACCUCUUCAAGUUGGUAUAUCCAUGUAGAUGAAGAAAUCCAAAUGGCUGAAUCCCUCCCAGGUUUCUUCCACAGUGAUUACUGUCUACCACACAGUAUUCGCUGGGGAUUCAAAGAUGAUGUUGCCCCGAAGGUGGCAUGUGAGAACAUGGAGUUCCAACUUCCACCCCUCAAGCACAUAAUAGAGAUCACAGAGGCAUGGGAGUGGCUGGGUAUGGACAUUAGAGGGCCACUGCCCCUAACACCGAACGGACACCAGUACGUUCUGACCUUGACAGACUUCUAUUCCAAAUGGGUGGAGGCCUUCCCCCUGAGAGGUUGUAGCUCUACUGAGGUAGCGCAGCAUGUCGCUGAAGUCAUCUCUCACUUUGGCUUCCCUUUUGGAAUCCUUGUUCGACUAAAGAGGAAGUUUACCAGUAAGAUCAACCUUGCAUUAAACAGUCAUCUGAAGCUGAGGGGGUUCUCUCUCUUAUACCGUCAUCGGCAAGUUGGAUCACUGGAUCUGGCCACACAAACCUUGAUCAGCAGGAUGGUGUCUGAUCUUGUGAAGGACCAUCCAUACAACUGGGAUGUCUGCCUCCCUGCAAAGGUGUUCAGCCUGUGUUUCAAGGAGCACCCCAAGACCAAGCAGAGACCUUUCUCUCUGCUGUGCUGCAAAGGACCACAGCCGGUCACCACCCCUAGGGAUCUGUCUUUCAGUCCUGCAGAGCUCAGAGAGAGUUCCUUUGCAAUCGAGUCAAAUCAAGAGGGUGGGCAUGACACUGAUCCGCAAGACAUGGUUGGCAUUGAGUCUGGAAAGGAAACAGCUGGAAAGAGCACUAUUACCAGGGUCUCCUUUUUAAGGAGCAACACUGAGAGUAACAACACUGACGGUAACACAUAUGGUCACCCCGACCGUCUCACGGACGGUGACCCGGACGGUAGCCCCGACGGUAGCACGGACGCUAACCCCGACGGUAGCACGGACGCUAACCCCGACGGUAGCACGGACGCUAACCCCGACGGUAGCACGGACGCUAACCCCGACGGUAGCACGGACGCUAACCCCGACGGUAACCCCAACAACAACCGUAACACCAACAGUGAGCGAUCCUCUGAAGAACAUCAUGCCAUGGAAAACUGAAUAAUUUAUUGGAUGUGCGCUUUAUCGGGGGUGUAGUUAUUUUAUCAUUUUGUUUAGAAACACUUGUCUUUUAUGGUUGUUUGGCUGGUGUACUGCGUCAUGAUUGUUACACAGGAGGAUGAUAGGAGUUUAUGAACCAACUGGAUCAAUUCAAAAUCAGUCCAAACAUCAUGCAUAGCAGCAUAGAUGAUGGAAUAGUGAUAUGCUUAUCCUAAAAGCAAUUUAUUUUUUUCCCCCAGUAAAUGAAUCCAAACAUGCGUUAUUGUAGUACAUUAUUGUAGUAUAGACAUUUUCACAUUACAUUAUUGUAGCAUAUACUGUAGAUAUUUUCACCUUACUUGAUCUUGGAAAAAUCCACUUGAAUGCUCCCCCAACUGGUAAUUAGUAGUUGGAAACGUAUCGAUCAUCCCUGAGCUCUGACUUCUCCCACAUGCUGACCUUUGACGUCACGUACUAAGAAAAUUACUUCCAUAACAGCAUUUGUCAGUUAAAUGCAACAGAACAUUGUUUAUAAAAAGCCAUCUUGUUUUUUAACACUUAUUUGUUUACAAUCAUGGUAGCUGUACAUUUUAUGGUUGACGCAGUUUGUUGGCCAUUGGCCAAUCGGCGAGUUCAAAGCUUGUGAAUGUAUCGAACUGGUAUUUACGACAUCCCAGCUGGUAAAUACUACCUUCUCCAAUUGGUUAUGAACGCAGGAUUAUUAAAGGAAUGUUGUUUUUAUGCCUUGAA